AUGGUGAGUCAGGAUUUACGCAUCUUUGGUUUUGGUCAGAACCGGCAGGCGUGGGAGAGACAACCCAGCAAUGGCACAGUUUGGGCUGUUGGCGGAAUUACUACCGGUAUUGCUUCCGUUGACGAGGGUCAUGAGGAAUUCGUCCAGAGCGGCGCGAAUGCCGGGCUGUUCCCAACGACGUAUACAAAAGGCGGCUCCGACUUGGAAGAGACGGAAGCUCGUCACGAAAAUUUACUCGCCCGCGCGCUUGAUGUCGACCGCACCAGAAGAGUAUUAGAGAUAGAUUCGACCGGUUCCCCCUUGGAGCGAGAAGUUGGCCUUGCAGCCGUGCGGCAUUUUACCGAAGGUCGGGAAACGAGAUGGUCUGGGAUCCGGUGGGAGAAUAAUGGCGAUAUCAAAGAACCAGUGACUCGAGCACCUGUUCGGGUGCUCCCCUCAUCGCCAUUCAGAGUUCUUGACGCCCGGAAUCUACGUGAUGACUUUUACUGUUCCGUGCUGGCGUACUCUGAUACCUGCGGUAUCUUGGCUAUGGGCCUCGGAAACGUUCUCUAUGGCUGGACCGAGGAUAAGGGCGUGUCCUUAUUGAAAGCUUGCCCCGCCGAGUGCUGGAUCUCUUCGGUUGACUUUUCUUCAUCCCAGGGCAAGAAAAACAUUCUCGCCUUUGGCCGGAUUGAUGGCCAUCUUAGUCUCAUGACACCGAGCGAGGCCGACUCCCCUCGGUUCGACAUUGAACAGCCGUUUCCAGUAGCCUACGUGAACUGGCGGCCUGUUUGUACCACAAGACCGUCCAAAAACCCGCUAAACCCUGGCGUUCCGGUCAACACGGAAGAUUUGCUGGUAGGAGACUAUCAAGGUGACAUUUUCUACUAUGUUGUUGAAUGGCCGAUGCGCUGGGAAGUGGAGAGAGACACCUGGCCCGGGGCACUGACGCUGGUCGCCAGAAUCAAGGCUCACGCCCAGCAAGUGUGCGGGCUGGCCUGGUCCCCAAACGGCGAGCUCUUCGCUUCGGGGGCAAAUGACAACCACUGCUGCCUCUUUAGUACUCAUCAAAUUUUCGGCCCGCCGCGACCAGAUGCUCAAGGACAUCCUUUCAGCAUCGGAGGGUAUGGGAGCCACACCAACAACGAUGGCAGGGGUGACGGCGAGGAGGACACGCUCAUCAAUGAUGAAGGGGAGUUUUUAAUCAUGCGAAUUGCCUCCCCGAACGUACGAAACAUGCUGCCAGGGUCUGAGCGGUUCCGCUGGGUCCACUCUGCUGCCGUGAAAGCCAUUGCGUUUUGUCCGUGGAUAGAGGGCCUCGUAGCGACCGGAGGCGGCUCCAACGACAAGUGCAUUCACUUUUUCCACACAACAACGGGCGCUGCCCUCGCAACAAUCACGGUGUCAGCACAGGUCACGUCCCUCAUCUGGUCGACAACAAGGAGAGAGAUCGCAGCCACUUUUGGCUACCCACAGCCAGAUCACCCGUACCGUAUCGCCAUCUUCAGUUGGCCGGAUUGCAAGCAGGGGAGGAGGAACCUUACCCCUCGAGAAGGGUGCAUCGUGGUCGCGGCGAGCGAUGAGAGCAUCAAAUUUCACGAGGUGUGGGCGGCCGGACGGAAGGCCACUGUCGGGGUCUCCGGGAUGCUUGGAGGGAGCGAUAUCCUAGAGGGCAUCGAAGGUAUUGAUAAAGAAGGGGAUCUCAUUCGUUGA